AUGGCCUGUCAGCCCCUUGUUUCAACAGACAGGGCUCUUACCAGACGUACAAGGUGGAAAACACAACCUUCCUUCGACGAUGAAGAUCUGUUUAUAGCACCAACAAACACGGCAACACUCGAGCUUCAACCAGCCGAGGCAGCCGCAGCCUCCACCAAGGGCAAGGGGUCUAUUAUCAGUGUUGUGAUGAUUACAUCUACAACAGAACGCUCCCAAGUUCCAACCCUACAUCAUCUUCUCGGUCUUCGCCUUCGCCAAAGUGCCACCAUGCACGACCCCAAUGGCGCAGCCAAUCGUCGGCUAUCUGCAAGCGGCUAUCAAACUGAGGCCGUUGCGGAACCUGGACGACGAGGACUUCCUGGUCAAUCACAAAAUCGACCGCAGCUACGACGACAGCACUGUUCGAAUUCCAACACACCGCCACUGCCUAUCCCUGAUGAUGUACGAGAGAUUGUCAAGAAAGAAGGCUGGAUCUCGGACGAAUACGAACAUCUAUGGAGUCGAGACGGCGGCGGCUCUGCCUCUUUGACAUCGCACAACACGCUCAUCUUCAUACUGCAAACACCAAGAGACGAACUACUCUCUCAACGCCCUGCUGGCAGAUGUCAAGUACGAAAACAAGCACCCCAAGGUGCCACGGGAUUUUGCCAUCUUGCCUUUCCACAUCCUAGUCCAGCAUUUCAACAUCGAGCAGCUCCGGCUUCAGCGGCGAUCAAACUUCGAGACCGAGCUGGGCAGGAAUCUGAAGAAGAAAAGGUUGAGCAGCAGAUGCGGUAUUCGGAGCAAGUGAGAGUAGACUUGGAGAUCAUCCCCCGAAGAAUCAAAAACCAGUCCAAAGCGGUAAGUCGACGUGGCUCUCGCCAAAGCCACCGCGCAAGUGGCAGAGGAGACAAGGCAGGACAGCGCAGCUAUGAAGACGAUAGCCGUGCUGACGCUGACCUUCCUCCCUGGAGACCCCAUUGCAUCGCCCAACUUGUGGAUCUUCUUCGCCGUCACCAUCCCGGUUACCAUAGCGACUUACGGCUUGUGGAUAUGGUGGCAUGGGUUCUCGCAGACACGGCACAAGAAGGAGUUGAAGCUGAGGAUGAGGAGUGCAACGACGAUGACUUGGUAACGAACGACUUGAUGCUUCAUGAUGACGGCUUUUUGGAUAUAGAUACACGCAUGAGACCUGAUGAGUACCUUGGUGGUGUUGGAGACAUGCCCCAAAAUCAACAUACUGGUUCGAAAGCAUCCACUUGGUUGCCUGAUACUGCCCUUGAAUGA